AUUGGCUAGCGUGUUUUAUACUCGGUUGUUAUGUUUUGUACGGAUUGAAUAUGUAAACCCUCGAAACUGCAUCAAAUAGAACCCGAAGUACUGAAAUCCAUGCGUGCUAAAAUGACAAAAUGGAGGCCCCUGACGGAGAUGAAGCCAAGAGAUUCGCAAGUGUAUGGAUUCGCCGCUUGGAGCGAUCGCUGCUUUCGCAAUACGAGGACAAUUCUAGCGAGCAGCCAAUCCGCCAUUUUGAUUCCGUCAGUUUUAGUUUGAGCCAUGAUGACAACGAAACCAGUUUCGUAGAUAUUAAAACAGGCCCAGAGAAAAGGGGUCAGUUCUAUAGUGAUCUACCAUAUCUUUCCUCUGGGAUCUCCAAUGAUAAAUUGAAAGAGUCAAAAUGCAACAUUCCACCAAAUUCUUUCGAUGAAUAUUGCCCGCCUGAAGAUCGAAAAAGUCCUGCCAAAUCGCCUAGAACCAUCGUAUCUGAUCAUCGUGUCAUCAAAGGUGGAAGCCCUAGAGUUGACUUAGAACUUGUGAGACAGAAGAGGUUAAAGCAUUUUCAACUGACUAACAAGUCAUCUAGUUUAGAACGCGACAAUGGAACGUCGGAGUGCGAGCGUACUCAUUUAGAACGAGUACCUGGACUCUCUAGUAACGUGGACGUUCCAGAAAAUAUGCCUUACAGUACAGGGGCUUUGGAAUACCCAAACAGUUUCGAUGAUAUUAAAAGCUUCUCUCCAACAGAUUUCGGCCCUUUAGAAAACAAAGACCAUGAGGAUGACCACUUAAGACUGGAGUUAUGGGGACUUAGGGAUGCUGUGGAAAACGGUCAAGUGGAUUUAAAACCUUAUCUCAAUUGUUUUACUAGACAUAACCAAAAAUCCUACCAUGGUAAAGGUGGUUUAGAGCCUUCUCAUGUUGAGAGUAUUAAUGAUUUUACAAUCAUGUCAAGUCUAGACUUGGAUAGAAACAGUAAUAAAUACAAUCAGUAUAAUAUGCAGUCAGAGAUCAAACAUCACAACAAUGGAUUACAAUUCCGGUCAAACUCACCAGAAAAGAGUGAUACCAGUCCUGAUCCGAGUGAUGCUAUAAAGAUCCCUACUACUCCUCAUAAGACUGUCUCGCCAUGUCCUCAGAUUUAUGGAGCCCUGUAUAAUGGCUUUGAGACCUCCGAUUCUGAAGGAAGUAUAAUACCAUCAAAGAAAAAUGGUUCUAAAGAAGGUUGGUCAAGCAGACAGCAAGAGACGUCACCUAAAAAGAGCCCUAAUAGUGGAAAAGGGAAAGAGAAGAUCUUGCACGAGCUGACACAGUACCUUAAUUCUGACCGAAAGGUGGUUAAAAACAAAAGUAGGAAUGUCAAAUCACCCCAGAAUUCUGAAGAUCUUGAGAAUUUAUCUUCCCAUCCUGAUGAGAAUUCAGCUCCUCUUCUAUUCCAUGUGGUUACACCCAAUACCACGCCUCGCGUUACUUGUAAAGAGACUGGUGAUCGCACUGAAAAGGAGGAGACGAAGAGACACAUAGCACGUAACAAUGAAAGAGCCAAGUACCUUAUCCCAGAUUUAGCUAUAAAUCAACAAUCCAUUAUGGCUAAAGUUUGCCCUAAAUGCAAAGAGAUCAACAGCCAAGCUGCAAACUGGUGUAUUGAAUGUGGGACUGCACUUAUCAGGACAAAACCAUCUUUUCUAUCACAAGAGCAACAGGAGAGCUAUGAAGAACAGUGCAGAGAAGCCAGAGAUCUAAUCUCUGCAGGUUUGAAUAAGAAAUAUUCUCCUGUAAAUGGAGAUGGCCCUAAGCAAGUCUCGUCAAAUGGAGCAAAACCUCUAAGCAGUGAAAUUUCUGAGUUGAUUGAAAAAGUUAAUGCAACGACUGAUAUAACAUAUGAUAGUUAUGAUUGCAACCAGCUGUCCAAUUACAAAAGGCGUUGGCAUAAGUCAAGUAUUGCAUGGAGUUCAUUUGAAAAAAGGCAGCUCCAAAAACCAUCUUCACUCCAACAGUCCAAAAAAAAAGAUGAUCCAGCAGGAGGUAGCCACGGGAAAAAUCGCUCAACAAGUUUUAGUGGUGAAAAGAAAAAGCGACCAAAAAGUGCACAGAAAAAAAGCAGCCGGCAGAGAACAACCAGUGCUACGUAUGGGCCAACAGUGCAAGCGAAGGAAGGCGAGCGACCACAAAGUGCCUCAAGACUGUCAGGAAGAAAUAAAGAUGAAUAUCAAAGAGAGCGUAAGAAAAGGCCCUAUAGCACUGAAAAUAUUGGUAAAGUGGGGUCAAAAGGUUAUGGAGAGGCCCUUGAAAAAAAUUAUCAAGAGAUCAAGGAACAAGGUAACCCCUUCAAAUCCCCUUUGAAGAAAUCAAUCCCAGCCAUACCUCCACUUGACUUAAAUGAUAUUGACAGCUAUGACAGAAUUCUUACUCUGAUUCGUUACCAGAGUGAACCCAUUCCCUAUCUCUGCCUGCCUGAUGAGAUCGUGCUCAAGAUUUUUUCAAGUCUUUCACAUAAAGACCUUGCAACUUGUGCAUUGGUGUGCCAGCAAUUUUAUCGCAUUGCAAUGGAUGAAACCCUCUGGGGAUCAAUUACUCUUAUCAAGAAAGAGAUUAAAAGUGAUGAGUGGCUUGAAGAAAUUGGCAAGCGACAUCCAACAAGUCUAACCAUUUCUCACUGCCGUGGUAACUGUGUCACAGCGAAUGGCCUACGCAGUCUGUUUAGAAAUUGCUGUGAUACAUUAGAGGAGGUGGACUUUAGUGGCUGCAGUGGUGGUGAGUUGAUUGGUGAAUCCAUAUUGCUACAUAUCUCAGCACGAUGCACCAGUGUUGUAUCAGUAGACGUAAGCUGGACCAACGUCAGUGAUAAUGGAGUACAGGCCCUUGUAGAGAAUAUCAUCCAACUUGAAUGCCUCUGUUUAAAUGGCUGUCAAGCUGUGACUGACAAAUCCUUGAGGAGCAUCGCUGACCGGCAUGGUGAAAGUUUGCGGAUAUUUGAGGUAUUUGGGUGCUUCAAUAUCACACCAGGAGGGUUCAAAAUGCUGGCUGGGAAGUGUUGUCAUCUGCAGACCCUAAACCUUGGCCAGUGUCACAAGAUGACUGACUCCGCACUUGGGUCUCUUGUCUCACAUCUCCCUGAAUUGGAAAACCUUGACCUUCGAGGGUGCAAACAGAUUCGUGACUCUGCUGUAAAGAAGAUUGUGCGCCAUUGUCCACUUCUCAAGUGUCUCGCUCUCGCAAACUGUCCGCGCAUCACAGAUGUCACUCUUGCAGAAAUUGCCACCAACCUGCCUGACAUUCGGUCUUUGGACAUCUGCGGUUGCAGUAAAGUGAGUGAUGUUGGUGUUCGAGCUCUGGCACGGUGCUGCAAUAAAAUGGAGUCCCUCGAUCUCAGCUCAACCGGAGAGGCUGUCACCCACAAAAGUGUGACAUCACUCGCCAAUUAUUGCAGUCAGAGUCUGCAGACUUUGAAGUUGAGUUUUUGCGCGGAUAUCACCGACGAGACGGUGCUACACCUCGCCAGGCAGUGCCGAAAGUUGAGUCUGCUACACCUGUAUGGUUGCAAGAGAGUGCGAAACCUUCAAGGACUCAGGGCCGCUAACCCCCUCCUUUCCGUCGAACGAUGACAGGUGUGAUCAGUGCAGUCUUGUCAGUCAAUGUUUAAACUGUCAAUCACCUGUCAAGAACGCUAUAGUCUUCAGAUAGUUUCGAGCGGUAUGUAGCUGCAGUCAAAUCUCAGUAUAGAAUAAAGGAAACCUUAAUGAUUAAGCUAUGUGAAAUAUGAGCAAAUUUGUUUUCAUACGUACUUUGUAAAUACAAGUGUAUGUAAAUAUUUCAAGUCCCCGGCAUACCCGUGGCCAAGUGGUAAUUGGUUGGUUGGGAAAAUGUCGUCAGUAAAAGUAUGUGCGAUGGCGGCGGAAUGGUGACACUCUCUAUGGGAAGGGUGCGUGUGUGUGUGGAGGAUGAGGGGGAGGGGGGGGGGGGAGGGGGGUGGGUGCUGUGGUCUGUUGCAAGCCACUUUUAUUUAGUGCCGGUCAAGCACCAUGGGGCGAGGGAGACGUUCGUGACCAACAGCAGUUACAGUAAAGCUGCUUAGUAGAUGAAGGUCCCAUCAUGCUUCGGGUGCCCCAAGGGUUCCCGAGUUUAGGGGCUCCAGGAGAGAAAGUGAGAUAACAGAAUAUGACUGUGUGUUGUCAUGGUGACUACUUCUUAUUUAAAAGAGAAGUUGCGUAAUUUGUGUAAAAUAGUAGGAAUGACGAAUAAAACGUAUUGUGAUAAGUUCGUAA